GUGCGCGUGCGGCUCGACAGUGAGCAUGACGUGCGCAUCCGCUGCCCGGUCGAACGGGCCCUCUUUCUGACAUUGUGCAGUUGGCAGCCGCCAGACGCACGCGGCCCCCUCGGGAUACUGGAGCGCGUGCGCUGGUACCUCGGCGACGGCGGCGAGCCCUUCCACAACACCGACCUUUUCCUGGAUAGGUCCGCGCUGGACGUCGCCCUGGUGUUCGGCAUUGCAGGGGCAGUGCCGCGCGCGCUGGGCGCGCCCCUCCUUGGCCUGCACCAGUCGGUGGACGGGGCCGAGGUCCUCGCUGUGUACGUGGCGCUGCGGCACAGCCGCGCACCGAUCACCCUCCACGGCGACUCCGCUUUCGUCGUCGACGGGCUUCUCCAGCGGGUCCCCGCCGCGACCACGGCUAUCUGCGCAGCGUGGGCCAUCUCUGGGCCCUGGUUUGGGGCGCGAUCGAGGACCUCGGUGGCAUCGGCGUUGAGGGAGGCAUUGUCAAAAAGGUCAAGGCGCAUACCAGGCAGGCGGCAGCGGCCCGCAGCAGGCUUGCUCCGAAGCAGCGCCGUGGGAACAUCAAGGCCGACCGGUGGGCCAAAGACCAUCACGGCCCAGUUCAGCCUCACCGCACGGGAGCGAGGCCGAGCGAUGCGCGGGCAGCUGCUGUUCAACGGCACGCCGCGCUGGCUGGGGCACGCAGGCUCUACGGCGGCCGCGGCGCGGGAUGACGUCGACCACGGAGUGCGCAUCGUGCAGGCUCAGGAGCCCCAGCUGGCCGUCUCUGCCCAUGACCCGAUGAGUGAAGGCGGCAGGUGGCGGUGCCUGAGGUGCCGCGAGGUGGCGGGCACAGAGUGCUCCAAGCGGCAGCUGUUCGCCA